UGGGGCAGCUUGUUUCUUCAUUGACAGAGAUGGCAGUUUUGAGUCAGGUACUCGUGUGCGCUUUAUUGUAUAUUGGGACAGUAAACGGUGCCGGCUACCUGUCCAUAAGGCCUCGGUCAAGCGGGUUGUGUUAUUACGAAAAUAUCGAAGAUGCUCAUUUUAGCUACGAUAGAAAUGAUUGUGAAGGACCAAAAAGAUGGUGCAAAUUGAACGAAUGUUGGACAACUUGUGGCUCAAAACGGCGGCAGUCUCCCAUUAACAUAAGGACAAGACAGGCCAAGUCUCGCUAUAUUGAGAACCUUGUUUUCGAAAAUACUGAUAAAAGAGUACCAGCCACGGUCUUCAAUAACGGACAUGCCCCUGAUUUCAAUGUCGCUGUGAACGAAAAUAAUGAGGAAAAUAUUAUUCUGACCAACGUCCCGGGAAGACCCUCUUACAAAAAAUAUAUCUUUGCGCAGCUUCAUGUGCACCUCGGUCGGAAGAAGGGGAGGGGUUCAGAGCAUUCCAUAGACAGAAAGUUUUACCCCAUGGAGGCUCAUAUGGUAUUUUACGACAGUAAAUUUGACAACAUUGCAAAGGCUAAAUCUGCCAAGGAUGGUUUGGUGGUCAUCGGGGUGAUGUUGAAGGUACACGUAAUUCUCAGAAACGUAAUAUUCUAUUUUGAGCUGAAUUCACAGAAAAUGUAA